CGACGUGCUUCUUUGUCGAGUUCCGCCCGUUGCGCAAAGAGGCAACGUCGAAAAAAAAAAAAUAAGUCCAACUUCAGAGGAGCAACCGUGCUUGUACAUCUAUACACGAGCUCUCGUUUAAGGACGGGAUACUUGACGGCGGAAACUCCCUUUUACCAUACCCUCUUGAUCAACCAAAAGUCGUGUGCGCAGUGCCCCCGAACAACCACAUAUACCCAUCAACCAACCCCUCGACCUGCAGUUUCGAUUAGAUCUGAAAUCUUGCGACGAUGCUCGACAAACUCGUCGGCCUCGCCAUGCUCGUGGCUGCCUCCUUCGUCUUCCUCUACUACACGAUCUGGGCGCUCCUCAUGCCCUUUGUCGAUUCGGACCACCCUCUACAGAACCUUUUCCCGCCCCGCGUAUGGGCGAUUCGCAUCCCGGUCAUCCUCGUUCUUCUCGGCUCCGCUGUCGUCGGUUCCUUCCUCAGUGUGGUCAUGAUCAGGAGCAACAGGAAGAAGGCUGCAAAGGCCAAGGCCGCCGCGGCCAAGAAGAAGGCUUAGCCGGUCCAUUAAAACCGGGUGCUCUUGGAGAUCGGGGAGGGAGCAGUUAGUGAAGCGAUGUGCCAAGCCUUCGAGUUACCAAACUGGGUUUAUCAAGCAGAUAUUCCUCUGCCUAGGUUGUUACCUAAUCUGUCAAGUUUUGUAGUGGAACAUGCUUUCAUUUACAGAACACACAUCGCGUGCUUACCGUAGUUUGAUACCAAAACGACUGCUAUAAUGACAUUCAAAGCUAUCUAUCUAUACCCCAACUUGGAUCCUUGAAUGGCUCCCGGGAAGGAAAUUCUAUAUGAUUCGCAUCAAUUUCACGCGGCUUGCCCACUCUAUCAAAGCAGCUUGGAUCUACAUACAGUCCAAUGUGUCAUAAUGGCACCUCAAGUCGGAGCCCGCUGCAGACUUAAUCGAGUGAGUGUGGAUCCAAGUUUAACCCUGGUUGAUUCUAAGAACUAGCAGUCCAAAAAGAGCUUUCCGAGCAGUAAAGUCACCCCUUGAAAUACCAUUUAACCCUUAAACCCUCUGGUCGGCAAAAUCAAGAACCUCACAAUCGUCUUCGAAGAACCCAUCAUCAUCAUCAUCACCAUCCAUAGCUCGUCCGCCACCUCUCCUACGACGCGUCGUGAUAACUAUCUGGUUGUCAUCUUCUCCAUGCUCCAGAACUCUCUCUAUGGCCGACGCUGGGAGCGCCCGGGUUUCCUCCAAGCUUGGAUUCAACAGCUCUUCAUCCGAUGCCUGAAUGUGGCCAGUGUCAAGUCGCGUUGCAGGUAGUGUUUGACCAAACACCCAUGGGGUCGUCUGCAUGCGGAGCUUGGUUAUGUUGUCGUGUGCUUUUUGAUGCGAUGCAUGUUUCCGUCUCGUCGUCGAGGCUGUUGGCCUCUCUUCGAGGCUGGUAUCUAUCAGAAGGUUUGAUAAAUGAUCUACAGACAAACCCCCAUGGGACUGGUACGGCUGUUCGUUACUGUACAGCGCCACACGGCGAUCUGUGUGGAAAGGCUGAUAGGGCGCGCUCGACUCUAUUUCUGCUUCAGGUAUAGAAGACUCGGUUCCGUGCUUAUGAGACGAUCCCCGGCGGUUAUUGUCAAGGACCAGAGUGUGGUUACCAGUCUCAAGGGACUCGUCCACGAGAUCCAAGUACUCAUCAGGAUCAAUGUACCGCUUGACAGCCAAGGAAACCUUGUCGCCAGGAAGGCCAGGUAGCUUGUAGUCCCUGUGCCUUGUCAAGCAGGGCGUCCGGUUUCUGUCUGUUCCUGAGGCUGUCUUGCGCGUCCUGUUGGGGAAAGAACGAACCAGUCCGUCACCCAAAACGUAGAGCGAAGAGCUCCUUUGGCCAGUGAUCCAGACCGCACAGCCGGCUGAUGGUGGUACCGCAGACAACGGCAGCGUCGUACGAUUCUCACCAGUGUGCCGGAGUUGAUUGAUAGCACUUCCCGUCUUUCCGAGCGAGUUGCUGAUAGUUGCUACUAUGGCUUUGCCGCCGUGGCUCGCAUGGUCAACAAGGCUCGAUCCCGUCAAGUGUUGCGUAGUGCUACUGCUCCGUCGCGGCCGAGUCAUCAACGGCCUCGCAACGCCCAGCGCGGUGCUGAAGGCGCUGGUGGCCAUCGACACCGCAGGAUGCUUGCCCUCUGCCGCUGUCACGCUGGAGUCUUGGGGUGGUAUGCGUCUUCUCGGAGGCGGCCAUGUGAAAACAGUGGAAGGCAUGUCCAACAGGUGCACGGUGC